AUGUCCCGGUAUGCACCUCCUGGAAGGGAUCGAUCUCCUCCACGCUAUGACCGACGGCCUUCGUACCAAGUAGGAGGGUCUUCGUAUCGCGGUACCGGCGAUCCGCAAACACAAAACGACCGAGACCCGCCAAGAGGACCUCGUGCGGACAACUUUCGUGGCGGCGGAUAUCCGUACAACCCUGCUGGUAGAGGUCGCGGCGCUGGUACAUUUCCUCCCCGUCCAGGCGAUGCAUGGAGGGAACCAGAUCGCGAUCGCGAUGCUCGACCGUCUCAAUCAUACCGCAGUCGUGAUGACGACUGGCCACGAAGAGAUAGAGACCCUCCCCGUGAGCGACCACCAGAGCGGCCACCACUCACAAAUAGAGACACUGGCAGACACUUUCCAAACUUCGACCGCGACCGCUCUGCCUCACCACUGCGCGGGCGACGCAGUUCUCGAGAAUCAAUACCGCCGCUGUCGACUCGACCAAGUGACACUGGCAGCUCUUUCAGAGGUGGCCUUGCUCGAGGUAGAGGGAGAGGUGAUUGGGACAGACAGAGAGAUCGUGCGUCGUUCGUGAGCGAUAGAGAUCGCGAUCUCUUCGGCAACCGCAGUCCGUCCAGGGAUAGCAAUUGGCGAGACCGAGACAUAGAUCGUGGUCGGGCUGUGGGUCCUGACCAAGACCGCAAUGAUCGAUAUCCCGUUCGCGAACGAAGUCGAGAGCGACGAGAUCACGACAUCUGGCAGCGCGACAAUUCGCCUGGACGACCACUCGGCGCUGGACCUGCUCGAAUACCCAGCCCUGCCGGCUCUGUGGGCCAUCAUGUCUCAGCGGUCGAAAGACCUCCGAAAGCCGAAUAUGACCUGACACGGCGCACCUCGGUCGCUGCAACGCCCGGCACAGCUAUACGAGAAGGGCGACGUGACAACGAUGCUGACUACUUCCAGCGCGGGGAGCCUCGGAGGGAAUCGUCGUACUCAAGUCUGCAUCAGCCUCCCGUCGCGCAAACAUCGGCGACAGCUGGUCUGGAUUAUGGGCCGCCGCCCUCUGCUCCUGUUGCCACUCCAACUGAGAAGCUACCUCCGCCACGAACGCAAUCUACUAAAUCGAUCUCGCCCUCAGUUGCAUCGGCGCCCUUCCAGCCACCCAGUGGGCCAAAAGCUGACCGUGCUCCGUCAGGCUCAAUGCCAAAGCCAAGUCAGCCGACCGAAGCGCUCAGGACCGACCAACAACAGCCGAGACCAUCGUUGGCCUUCGGCCCAGCGCCUACUUCGAAAGCUCCGACUGAGCUCUUCCCCAAGAAAUUAGAACAGAAGUCGGACGUUAAGCCCGUCGCUUCUGCUCCUACACUGCCACCAAAUAUUCCGUCUGGGCCAAGAUCAUCCUCAUUUGGUUCAACUUUCCGUGGUAGACCUCCCAUUUCGGAUAUACCAACGGGACCACGCACCCGAGAUGGCCGAGAUGGCAGAGAAGGUAGCUGGCAAGCAGGACUGCCUAACAAUUCUAGCCGAUCAUGGGUCUCUCCAGAAUACAGCCGCGCGAAGCCGUCCAUCAUGAGUCCUAUUGGCCGUGGACCUGUACAACCUCCAACAGGGCCGAGAUCGCAGUCCAACCUGCCACCAUACGGUGACAAAGCUCGACCGCAGCCACCCUCUAUCAUGAAUAGCGCCAACUCCAUGUUGUCCACCAAACCUACACUUCUUGGCAAUCUUCGAGCCUCAGAUAAUGCUCCCAGCACGACCGGUAGCACGACAGAAGAUGUUGAUAUGUCACUACCAGUAUCAAGCGAUGACGAACCGGAAGAGGAUGAGUUUGACGAGGACGAAUAUGCUGCUUCUGAAGCCCAGCAUCAGCGGAACAUCAAAGCAAAAGAAGCUGGAAAACCGCCAUCGUUCCUCCUUGACUCGGUCAUACGCGGACACCUCAUCCGUCUGCAAUUCCUGAACAUGAUAGCGAACGAUCUGGUGCCCCAAUUCCCGCGAGCAGAGAACAUCACGGAACCAACUCAAGUGGUUACCUCAAAGUCGCAACUUGGUCUGCCAUCACCUGAAGAACAAUCGGAGGAUGAUGACAAGGCUGGAGCACAGGAAAAGGUACCUCACGGCAGGUUUCUGCGCGAUCCGCCAAUUAAUCCUAUUCCCACGCCGCCAAUCGAGAAUCUGCCCUAUCUUCAGAAGAAAAUUACAGAGCCGUUUGUGUUUGACGAAUCCGAUGAUGACAUGCAGCAGGAAGUUGUGACCAUGCUCGUCCGCCAAGAGUUCGAACGAUCCGCCUUCGACCGUCAGGCAGAUCUGCAACAGAUGCACGAAGAGUAUCGCCGCCGUCAUGCUUUCUGGAAAGACGACAUCAGCUAUUUGGAUCGUUCAAAUCGCGACAUGCACAUGACACCCGCACCUGCAUCUCCAGCUCCCUCUGCAGCACCUUCUGUUACACCAUUGAUCAGCCAUGAGCGUACACGAGGCGGUCGCAAUACAACAGAGGCCGAUUUGCAAGCUGCCAUUGCGUUAUCCGAGCAGACUAUGAAGGAGGAAGAAGAGCGCAGAGAACGCGAGGCCCAGGAAAGCGCUGUUCCGAACUAUGAUCACGAAGCUGUAGUGCUCCCAAUGUUGAGUAAGGACGAUGCCCGUCUGGAGGAAUUCCUUGACACCAGUGGCAUCAUCACUCCGCAGAUAUCCCUGGACCUACUACGAUACGAUCCGCCGGAGGAUGACUUCACCGACGAAGAGCAGCUUGCCUUUACCCAAGCAUACUGUCAGACUCCGAAGAAAUGGGGAAAGAUGGCUGAGAGUCUGCCCGGCCGGGAUUUCAAGCAGUGCAUAAGCCACUACUAUCUCACAAAAGGAGAAGCCAAGUACAAAGAGAUCUGGCGCCGGGCGCAGCCAAAGCGAAAGAGAGGCCGAAUUCCUGCAACGAAGCCACGGUCCACGGCGUUGAUGUCGGAGCUUACAUAUCGUGAUGGGGAAGAAGGUGUCGUUGCGGUGACGGAUACUGGGAGACCGCGACGAGCUGCUGCUCCUACAUUUGGAGACAAUGGCACCGAAGCAGACGUGGCUGCGGCAUCACAACCAGCAAAGCGCCUCGCUGUCGCCAAAGAUGCUGCAAGUGACGCCACACCCACGAAAGCAGUACGGAAAGGCAAGGCAGGUACCGCCACGAAGACUCGACGCACCAAGGCCCAGAUGCUGGAAGACAAGGCUAAUGCUCAAUUGGCAGCAGCUGGUCAAGGUGUCGGGCAAAUUCCAAUGGAGAGUUUGGAGAAGUCCUCACCAAAAGUCAUCGCUUCUGGAAGAGAGCGCGCUCGCACACUAUUGCGUGCUGAGGAAUUCAUCCACCCUAUUCUGCCCGUGGGUAAGCCGAUUGAUCUUGACCAGCCGCAGUAUGCUGGUCUAGACGACAAGAAUGCUCUGGCUCUUGCAGCGCAGGCAACAAAUCAGCCGACAAGCUACUGGUCUGUUCCUGAGCAACAAAAGUUUCCGCAGCUCGUCGCGUACUUUGGUCGUGACUUUGCAGCAAUUGCCGACUUCAUGAAGACGAAGACGUCUACAAUGAUCAAGAAUCAUUACAAUCGGCAGUUGGUGGACAGACCCGACCUCGAGGUUAUGGCAAAGGAGGCUGAAGCCAAGCGUUCUGGUGGCCAGACGAUCGGCAGGCCUCCAAGUCCCGCAGUUCAGACGAAACGUCGCUACGAAGCAACUCCUUCCAUUGCUUCCGGUGCUCAGAUGGGACGACCGUUGCUCGAUCAGCAGCCUCUCGAAGCAGAUUAUCCACCCCUAGCCACAAAGCAAGGCUAUACGGACGACUUUCCGUCAAAUGCUGUCUCACGCAAUUUCUCUGGAGAUCUCGUGGCGAAAGCGAAAGCCGAAGCUCCUCUCCAUCAGCCGAAGCAGGAGGAACUGCGCCGUCCAGAGCUGCUCUCCAAACCAGCCGCCGGCUUGGGACCGAGGAUGGGCUUCUUCAGAGAAGACGGUCCACUAUUUGGCGGGCCGCGCCAGAUUGGUUCUCGAGAUAGUUCGCCUCAUCAGCAUCCUUUACGGCCUGGAGAGAAUCGCUUCGGCGAUAUUGGUCACCGUCUGCCCGCCGGCUCGCCUAGGCAACUAAAUCUUGGCCCGCCACGAGAUAUUGCACCCAUGUCUAGCCUUGCGGCAGCCCAGAAUCCUAUCUCCAGCACCGGUCUGAACAGCAAUCCCUACGGUGCACAAGCAGGGAUUGCGCAAGUACGCAACAGCAACGCAGCCAGCCAGAACCAGGCAGCUCCCGAACAGGUCAGGAACCUGCCUUCUUCGAGACCAGGCGAUCAAUUACCACGGUACUCAUUGGCACCUCAGCAUCAGAUCGCUGCACACCCAACGUCGGCGUCAAAUAGCCGUUCAAUGGCAUUUGGUCCAAGUGGUACACCGGCUGCAGAACCAGCUAAGCCGCCUGUUGCCAAACGAUCCGAUAUCAUGAGUCUUCUUAACGAUGACCCGCCUGAGCCAUCACCUGUCAAUCGUCCUUCCAGCGCUUCUCAAAAUCGUGGAUCGAUACUGUCACCUCAAAUUUUGCCUCAUGCUGGUUCCGCAUAUGAUCCCAGCAGAGGUGCUCUACGCCUGGACGGCAGUUCUGUCGAUAUUGAUCGAAAGAGAACACCUCUUGGUCUUGCGCCGCAUCCCCUAAGAGAGCAGCAGCAGCAAGGCUAUGGCUCAGGUCAAGGAUCAAGCCAGCACGAAGCUUGGCUAAACAACUUGGACCCACGAACACAGGGCGCUCUGGGUGAUCAGCGCAGCCUCCAUCAAUCGCCAAGGAUUACUCCCUAUUCCGUCGUACCACCAAUGUCUGGAUCGAGCAAUCUUCGUAUGGAGUCUUCUUCCCGCCCGGCUGAGCCACAAGCCAACGACCACCGCCGCACGUUCCUUGGACAAUUGUCGCAUCCGGGCUCCAUUCCUUCUCCGCCACCAUCUCAGACGCCUGCAUACCGGUCUCUGUCAGCAUCGAGCCAGCACCCUCACUCUCGCGUCGGCUCUGGCGUGUUUCCAGAGCCUCGGCCCAACCCUGGGCAGGCGCCCCAGGUAGGGCAGUCAUCUAAUCUGCCUCCAAGCCAUCCUCAUUCCGCAGCUUCGACGCCUGUGUCAAGCAUGCAUCGUGGGCGAUCAUCAAUCGACUAUGGUCGCGGACAGCCUCUUCAGCAGCAGUUGCACAUGCAACGUGGUGAUCCGGCGGCCACGUUCCGAGAGCAGGAAAAAGAGCGGGAGCAACUAAUGAAAGAGCGAGAAUUUGAGUUGAUGCAGCAGCAGCGGGAGGCCCGAGCCCGGGAGGAGGAAGCAAUAGCAAGAGAGCGCCUUGAACGAGACAGAUUCGGACUUGCAGAUCGGGAUUCAUUCGGUUUCAGACGACCUUUGGGCGCAGGCUAUGGCCCACCGCCGCCUCGAGAGGCCGAUAUCAAUCCACACGGCCACGGAGCUCAACAUGCUGGCCAAUCACAGCAACAUACCCAGCAAGGUCAGCCACCGAUCCUUCAGCGACCAGCAGGCUAUCCCCACGACCCGCUGCAGCGAAGCUAUACUCCUCAACCACCAGCCCAUCACAACCAGCAGCAGCCACCACCCGGACCCUAUGGCCAAGCUCAACCUCCUGGGCAUUCCUCCAGGCCAGGCUCGUUUCACCAUCACCAUGCUUCCCAGAGUGGGCUGAAGCCGAUUCAGCAGGGACAGCCACCUCCACCUGGGCAGAGCACUCAUCCUGCCUACGGCAUGAGUCAUUUUCGAUCUGCGAGUCAAGAUGAGAGACAUUGA